CGCGAAGGGACAAAGGACGCUGUCGUACGCAGGCAGAUAGACGCCAUAUUCAUUUGUCAACGGACGUCAAGGUGUGAUCAUCGGAAAGAAGCACAGUUACUUCGGAAAAAAGUAUCAAGAUAGUAUAAUAGUGGUUUCAUUGAAUAAUCAUUACAAGUUAACGUGUAUUUAGAACGAUAUGGCGUCCUCGGAAUUACGAAAACGCAAGAUGGAAGAAUAUGAAAUGCAGCUGUUUAGCUUUCAUUCAAGAGCCGUGUACGCUACUUUGAAAAGUAUUGUAAGUGAAAGGAUUCUUAGCACGAUUGAGAAGAUGUGUCAAACAAUUGAAAAAACAUACAAAUUAAAUUCUGAGAAUCUAACAGUACUUAAAACAAAUCAAAAGAAUUUAGAGACAACAUAUUUUAAAGGAGCAAUGCCACAUUUAAAAAAUAUCGAGAAUAUUGUAAAUAAAUAUGUUGCUGUUCCAAGUAACGUUUUAUUGGAAGAGGACAAGUACCAAAGGAUACAGUAUAAUGAUACAGAAUUUGAAAAUAUAAAUCAAAGAUUAGAAGAUUUACAGCAAAGAGCAAAAAAUGCUACUAUUUUGAAUACUGUAUUGAAAGAAGAGCUACAGACUUUAGAUCAAUUUCCAAUUUCUGAAGAAAGUGUAAAUAAGAUGUGUAAUGUAGUAGAAAAUCUGACAUGCUCCGACGUAAAUGAAAAUAUAUAUCAGUUACUGGAAGAUUAUAAACAAUUUUCCACAAGCCUGUUUGAUACAACGCAAAUUACAACAAAAAUAAAAUACAACACGGUAGAUAAUCUUAAAUGCAAAGAAUUUGAUUUAAGUACUUUAUGAAUUGAAGUAAUGGUAACAAUAUAAAAAUUAAUUAUUUGUCCUAGAUGUUUCAUGUAGAACAAAAUCAUGUAAAUAAUAUUUAAGUAGAUAAACUGAUAUUCUAUAAAUUUUAUAUUUGUAUAUUUUGUACUUUUUAAAAUAUUUUUAUAAAUAAAUUGACUUGUAACUUUUUUAAUUAA